AUGGCCACUUUGGAUCAAAUAGAGGAGGUUGUAAGGGGCGAAACAGACAAAAUUAAUUUGAAGCUCGAUAAACUGACAGCAAAUGUUGAAGAACUUUGUAAAACAGUCAAAUUCCUUAAUGAUAAGUACGACGAGCUGCUUCCUCAAGUGCAGCAAACAAACGGGAAGUUAAACCAGCAGGCAAAAAGUAUUGAUGCUGUAAAGGUGGAACUUGACAAAGUUAAGAAAUGUGCUACAGAUGCAAUGUCCCAAAUUGAAGAAAUCGUCCAAUACGUGUGCAGAGACAGUCUGGAAAUUUCGGGUAUAAUACCUUCUGCCGAGUGCACAUGUGAAACGAUUGUUACCUCCAUUGGUGCAGUGAUUGGUGUCCCUACAGUGAAGGAAGAAAUUUCUAUCGCUCAUCAAAUUCCCACUUAUAAGGAGGAUGCGCCUCCAAAGAUAAUUGAUAAUUGUUGA